AUGCUCAGUGAGGUGUAUGUAACAUCAAAUAAGAAGUUCCUGAUUCCUUUUCUCACCCCCUCUUCAACAGGGGAACUCUUUAGUUAUGCUCCCGGUAGUUCAUCAUCUGUGGGGCCUCCUCCUACCCCUAGUAUACAGACUCCUACACCAGCAGUAGACCCUACUCCUCCUCCUCGUGCAGUACACCCUUCUACUACCACUGCAAUUCAAGUGGUGAUGCUGAAUAUCUUGACCCGCCCCUCGGUGAUCGACCAUGGAUUGAGCCCUAUGGCCAUCACACGUUCAAUUAAGCAGCAGUUUUUAACUCCAUGGCCUACUUGGGGAGCAAUACCUCACGACGACAGAAAGCCAUUCUGGGAGCGUUUUCAGAUGAAGGUGCAGUGGAAACCUGAACAUAAAACUCAGAUACACAGAAAUUUCCACAUGAAAGCAUCUCAUCGGCUCUCAGAGAUGUUUAGGGAUGCCCGGAAUGCAGGACAGCGCCCUAACUGGCUGGGUGAGCACAUUUGGAACUCUUUACUGGCCCAUUGGAAUACAGUAGAGUUCCGCAAUAAGUGUGCCAAAGCCCAGCGGAACAGAGCGUCUGAAAGGGGUGGCACCCUGCAUACUGGUGGGUCGAUCACCAUUCAUGAGCAUGCCAUUCGUAUGGCACAGGCUCUAGGACGGGCGGUGCAUGUUGAUGAGGUCUUUGCACAGACUCAUGUUCGGAAGGGAACUAAUCAAUUUGUUGAUGAAAGAUCUCGGAAGACUCAUGAAGACUUUUCUACGAGACUUUCACAGGUUAGAUCUGAACAUGAGUCAGCUCCUACACCGGAUGAUGCCAGUAAUGCAGAUGAUGACAUCCGUAGGACGCAGUGCUGGAUCGACACCGUUGGUGGGAAGAAAAAGGGACGAGUGUAUGGUGCGGGACAGCUUGCAGCAAACUAUACAGCAUCCAGAGGAGGUACUCUGAAGCACCAGCCUUCUUCUUCCACCAGUACUGCUGCUGAAGAGGUUGUUCAACUCAGGCAGGAACUCCAUCAACGUGACCAGGAGCUCACUGAUCUCAGAGCAGAGUGUGGGUUGCACAGGAAUCAGAUUUCUCUUAAACCUGCUCUACAUUUUACCGAAGGCUUUUGCCCUUCGGUAAAUGCCCAAAGCAGGUCAUUACUGAAGGCUUUUGCCCUUCGGUAA